GCAUCUUCUCUUCAAGCAUACAUCAAUCAUGCAUUAUAGAGAGUUCGACCAAAAUAGUCGCAUGCUUCACUGCUUGGCGCCGAUCAUGGAUGGCUACGUAAAUAUGAGAGGACUCCAGUCACUGUAGCGUUCCUCUUUCAAUAAUUGACGAGUCGGGUAUAAUAUUUAAUUUUCAAAUGACUUUGCUAGCAUUUACAGCGUCAUUCACUUUUUUUCAUUUUUAUAUUAGCUGCAACAAGUAAACGCCCAACAAAUGCGUGAGCUAUCUCAAUUUAAACUUAAGUUGGCGGCGCGGGCCUUUGUAUUAGACGAUAAGACAGCUGUUCGGUCGAUAAUGACCGAAGCAAACAGGAACUGUCUCUUCCUGUCACGUAGUACAACAACAGAAAGAUCUGAUUUUUCGUAUUUCUGAAUGGUACUAGUCGCUAUGCAGCCUAUACAUCAGUUCCUCUUCUUGUCUACACGCAUUCCAUUUCUCGGCGUCUUUGGAAGGCCAUCAUACGAUGAACGGGUUUAUCCGACGCCGCCACUGGGCCAGGGCAAGACUGGUGGUUGGCUGUUUAGUCGUAGUUCUUCCUCCAUCGCUUUUGUGUUCUGGAUUAAAAUGCCGGGAGGUACGCAGCCUGGGAAAGAAUGAGAAUGCCAUAAAUCCACUCUCUCAGGAGACGAUAACAGUGGUGGCGGUCUGGCCACACCGUAGAAUGAAGUUCGAUCUUGAAAUUGUAGCUUCGGCUAACAAGAUCAAACUGAAAGCCCAGUUCGUCAUGUACCAGCACCGGUUGAGUGUCGCUUUGUGGGAAGCAUCGUUGGCCAGCCUUUCAAAUAAUUCAUCGAAAUGCUUCUGCUUAAAGCCUGCCGAAGACAGACAUUUUAUGAUUAGCAUGAAACAGGAUGAUACUCCAGAAGAUAAUAUUAUAAUCAGGUCAAACGACGAAAUAAUUCUUAAGAGUGGGAUACAUGUUGAAGAAAAAUCCUAUUUCUUCAACCUGACUAACUUAGACAAAGUCAAACUAAAUGUCAGCUUUUGUGAGAAAGAAACGACUCAAGAAUCAUCACUCUUGCCACCUGCAUCGCUUCUAGAUUCAAGCAAUUGCUCCUUGAAUGAGAUAUAUUCCAUGAUGCAAAGAGAAGACACAUCAACAAACAGUAUUUUCUACAAAAAUUAUGAAAUCAUUUACGUCAAUUUUGGAUUUGGGUUAACGCUGUUGGUUGCGCUCUUUUGUGCCCUGUGCAAAUGCAAACGAAACUUAAAAGGGAGAGAAAGACAAAAUGGCGUGUCACCACCACCAGAUGACGACAGAGUCCAGGCUGACAGAGAAUCUGUGGGGUCUCAUAUUUACGAGGACCCAUACCAGUUUCUCAACACAGUCACGAGUAAUGCUGUCUGAAUACUUUCGUGGUGUGUGUGUGUGUGUGUGUGUGGCAUCAACAGAAUCAAAUGGCCGUUAUUGUCUCUCAUCUAAACCAACUGACAUGAUACUGUAGCCUUGGGUACUUUUGCGUGUGCAAAAACUAAAACUCAUGAU